UAAAUACUUACAUUUAUAAGUCAAGUCAUGCAUAUGGAGAUGUUAAUUCUCUCUCACUACUCUUCACUCCGAUUGCACAUGUCAAUUUGGUACAAGAAAAGGGACUUCAGCCCAGAUUUGAGAAAGAUGCCAACCUGCAUAUUAACUUGUCAAUCGAGACUAAGGAGCUACACGGAUGAUUCAUGGGAAGUGAAUAUUUUCGGUCUAACUUCCGCUGAGGAGAAAUUGAUGAGAUCUUCUUAUCCAGAAAUGAAUGUGUGUGGAGAAGGGGUCUCCAUGUAUUUGCACGUGGGUUCACAGUAUUCAGUAGAUUCCACCUUAAAAGCUUAUCGGAAGAGUGUUCACGGCUCGAACAGCACAUAUCGCGACGGCGUACUAUCCGUGGGUCUGCUGUAUUUGAACUUUUUGGAGGGGCACGGGUACAAGGUGACCAAGUCGCAUAUCAACGUCAUGGAUAUGGACACGAGAUGGACUUUUAUUUUACAGAAGUAGUUUAAUUUGCCAAGUGUAAACGUAAAUACAUCGCAUGAAUUAAAUUGUGGGAUGAUUAGAGUUAUGUACUUACAUGCGUACGUGUGGUGCAAACUACGUUAGAAAUAAAUAAAUUCUGCAAAUAAUCGUCCGAAUUUAACAACGUUA